UGGAAAAAGAGAUUAUUCACUGUGACAAAACUGAAUUGCAAAGUAACACAGUUUUUUUUAUCUCAGAAUAUUGUCUUCUAUUGUCAAAAUGAUUGUUAAAUUUGGAUUUGCUGUUACUAUUGUGCUGAUUGUAUUCAUAGUUGCUGAUGCUGAAAAAUUUCAAAUCGAACUGUGUGAUCUGAAAUGUGGAGAAAAUGAAGUUUGCAACCCAUGUGGCGAAAAACUCUGUAAGAAUACUUGUUCUGAUCCAGAUGGCUCUGCUCAAUAUUGCUUUACCUUACGAUGCUUUGGACCACCAACUUGCAUUUGCAUGCCCGGUUAUAGUCGCGAAAGUUCAACAAGUCCAUGCAAACCAUUAGAAUGUGAAGAUCAUUCAACAAACAUGGGAGCUGAACCUACUGAUUUGAAUCAACAACUUUUAACCGCCGCUUCAGAAGGAGAUCCAAGAGCAAUCAAGACUAUAAUCGAAAAUGGAGCCAAUGUAAAUACGGAAAAUGGAGAAAAAGAAACACCUCUUCACCUGGCUGCUAAGAAUGGCGACACAAGAUCAAUCUCGACUCUAAUCAAAAAUGGAGCCAAUGUAAACGCGGAAAAUGAAUAUAAAGAAACACCUAUUAAUCUAGCGGCUGAGAACGGUUACACCAAAGCAAUCAAAUUAUUGAUCAAAAAUGGAGCCAAUGUACAUACCAAGGGUAAACGGGGAGGAACAGCACUUCACUGGGCUGCUGAGAAAGGUGAUACAGAUGCAAUUGUAGCUUUGAUCGAAAAUAAGGCUGAUGUUAAUGCCGAAGACGAAAAAAACGAAGCACCACUUCACUGGGCUGCUAGGCAUGGUCAAACAGAAGCAAUUAAAUAUCUUAUCGACCAUGAAGCAAAUGUAAAUGCUGUAGGUAAACUUCAAGAUACACCACUUCAUAAAGCUGCUUGGCAUGGUUACGUAGAAGCAGUCAAAUAUCUUACUGAACAUGGAGCAAAUGUUAAUGCCAACGGUGAUGAUCAACUAACAGCGUUGCAUGAUGCUGCAUCAGAUGGUAACAUAGAAGAAAUCAAAAUUCUAAUCGAUCAUGGAGCAAAUGUAAAUGCCGAAGAUCAAUAUAAAGAUACACCACUCCAUAAGGCUGCUUGGUUUGGUCAAAUAGAAGCAGUUAAAUAUUUGAUUGGAAAAGGGGCCAAUGUGAGUGCAGUAGAUAUAGAAAAACAUACACCACACUACUGGGCUUCUAAAUAUGAUCACACAGAAGUGGUCAAAUAUCUAGAAGAACAUGGCGCCAACGUGUAGGUUGAACAUGAAGAUAGAAAAAACUGUUUAAAUAAAGGGCAGAUUCCGGUUUCUUCUGCAAUAUAAAUCCCAAAUUUAUUUCAAUUAUAAUACUUUUUCUUAUCUGAGAAGAAAACUUCUUUUUCUAUAUCUGACGUCCACCCACUUCUAAAUACAAAUAUUUGCACUAAUUGCAACUCAUUUUGGAUUUGUAAAUCUAAAAUUAAUCUCUUCAAAAAUCAGAGAGACAGAAUUGAAUAAACGGAACGAUAAAUUUUUAAUUUAA